AUGGACCCUGGAACCGGGCCAGAUGCAUCUCUGACUGUUAAUGAGCAGGUUAUCGUGAUGUCAGGCCAUGAGACCAUCCGAGUGCUAGAAGUUGGAGUGGACAACCAGCUACCUGCUGAGGAGGAGGGCAAAGGCCUGGAGAGUGUAGCUGCUGAGGGCUCCCAGAGCGGAGGCCCUGCCAAAGCCAGCAAGCCGACUGGUAAAGCGGGGCCAGACAACACAGACCCCUCUGCAGAGGCAACUGUGAAGUCACUCCCGGGGAUCCCUCCAAGCCCUGCCCCCACCGUUGCCACCUUCAGCCAAGCCCCAAGCCAGCCUCAGGCAUCGCAGACCCUGGCUGUACAAGCUGUCCCCCAGGGUCAAGUGGCUGGUCAGCAGGGGCUGGCCGUGUGGACAAUUCCUACAGCAACCGUGGCUACCCUCCCAGGACUGACCGCUGCUUCUCCUACGGGGGGAAUUUUCAAGCCACCUUUAGCCGGUCUCCAAGCAGCUGCCGUGCUGAAUACCACGCUCCCGGCACCGGUACAAGCUGCCCCGCCAGUACAGGCCUCCACACCGGCCCAGCCCCGGCCACCAGCCCAGCCCCAGCCGCUGCUGCAGACCACGCCUGCCAUUCUACCGCAGCCCACUGCUGCCACCGCUGCCGCCCCCACUCCCAAACUGGUGGACACCCCUCCACAGAUCACAGUCCAGCCUGCAGGCUUCGCAUUUAGCCCAGGAAUUAUCAGCGCUGCCUCCCUUGGGGGACAGACCCAGAUCCUGGGCUCACUCACUACCACUCCCGUCAUUGCCAACGCCAUUCCCAGCAUGCCGGGGAUCAGCAGCCAGAUCCUCACCAAUGCUCAGGGACAGGUGAUUGGAACACUUCCAUGGGUAGUGAACUCGGCUAGUGUGGCAGCCCCAACACCAGCCCAAAGCCCACAGGUCCAGGCCGUGACCCCCCAGCUGCUGUUGAACGCCCAGGGCCAGGUGAUUGCAACCCUGGCCAGCAGCUCCCUGCCUCCACCUCCUGCAACUGUCCGGAAGCCAAGCACACCUGAGUCCCCUGCUAAGAGUGAGGUGCAGCCCAUCCAGCCCACGCCAGCGGUACCCCAGCCCACUGUGGUCAUUGCCAGUCCAGCCCCAGCGGCCAAGCCAUCUGCCUCUGCUCCCAUCCCAAUAACCUGCUCAGAGACCCCUACUGUCAGUCAGCUGGUGUCCAAGCCACAUACCCCAAGUCUGGAUGAGGAUGGAAUCAACUUAGAAGAGAUCCGGGAGUUUGCCAAGAACUUUAAGAUCCGGCGGCUUUCCCUGGGCCUCACACAGACCCAGGUGGGUCAGGCUCUGACUGCAACGGAAGGCCCAGCCUACAGCCAGUCAGCCAUCUGUCGGUUUGAGAAGUUAGACAUCACACCCAAGAGUGCUCAGAAGCUAAAGCCAGUGCUGGAGAAGUGGCUGAAUGAAGCUGAACUCCGGAACCAGGAAGGCCAGCAGAACCUGAUGGAGUUUGUGGGAGGCGAGCCCUCCAAGAAACGCAAACGCCGCACCUCCUUCACUCCCCAGGCCAUAGAAGCUCUUAACGCCUACUUUGAGAAGAACCCACUGCCCACAGGUCAAGAGAUCACCGAGAUUGCUAAGGAGCUCAACUAUGACCGGGAGGUCGUGCGGGUCUGGUUCUGCAAUCGGCGCCAGACGCUCAAGAACACCAGCAAGCUAAAUGUCUUUCAGAUCCCAUAGGGUUUAGCCCCUGCCCUGGGUUCCAGCACU